GGGCCCUGAGCGCUGCGGGCCGGGCCGGGCCGGCGGCUGCGGGGCCGGGGGGAGGAGGAGGCGGCGGCUGCGGGGCCGGGGAGCGGCGAUGUCGGAGCGCGGGGCGAGGCCGUCCCGCAGAGCGCGCAGCCAGAAGCAGCAGCAGCAGCAGCAGCCCCGGCGCGGCCCCCGCCCGCCCGUCCAAGCCGGGCCCUGAGCGGCCCCGGGCAGCGGCCGAGGAUGGGGAUCCUGCUCACCCGCAUCUGGCGGCUCUUCAACCACCAGGAGCACAAGGUAAUCAUUGUCGGUCUGGAUAAUGCAGGAAAAACGACCAUUCUUUACCAAUUCUCCAUGAACGAAGUGGUGCACACCUCGCCGACGAUAGGGAGUAACGUGGAGGAGAUCGUGGUGAAUAACACGCGCUUCCUCAUGUGGGACAUCGGAGGGCAGGAGUCUCUUCGGUCCUCGUGGAACACCUACUAUACAAACACCGAGUUUGUAAUAGUUGUCGUGGACAGCACCGACAGAGAGAGGAUUUCUGUGACUAAAGAAGAACUCUACAAAAUGUUAGCACAUGAGGACUUAAAAAAAGCAGGUUUGCUGAUCUUUGCUAACAAGCAAGAUGUUAAGGAGUGUAUGACAGUGGCUGAAAUCUCUCAGUUUCUGAAACUGACUUCAAUUAAGGAUCACCAGUGGCACAUUCAGGCGUGCUGUGCUCUAACUGGAGAGGGACUCUGCCAAGGACUCGAAUGGAUGAUGUCAAGACUUAAGAUCAGAUGAUUUUUAAUGACCCCUUUGCACAGACUUUGCUUAAAAAAAGCUGUACCCGUGAUUACCCUCACAGUGGCAGAAUUACUGGGUUAGAUGUAUUUAUAAUGAACUGAUGACAACUUUAUUUUCUACGUAGAUACACACACGUAUUAAAAAUUAAGACCACUCAGCAAAAAGAAAGAUGCGGUUGAUGGCUCAAGUUUGUUUUCCUGGUUGUUUUCCUCCGGGGAUGCACAUAAAAGCUGUGAUCAACCAUUUCAAGAUACAGCCACUCAGAACAGUCUGAUGCUGAGCAUGGUGAAGAUGAAGCAAGAGAAAGGAACUUUUAUUUUGGGGUUUUACUAUUCCGUUGUAGUCCUCUCUAGUCGAAGAUGUGGCUUCAUUAUUCCAGUAAAUUAGCAAACAAAUCAAUGGCAUAGAUAUCAACUUUCCAGUAUUUUUAAAGUUACUGAUGUUACAAAUGCAAAAAUAUUUUCCUGUAUGUGUACUGUACAUAUUUGUGUAUAUUUAUACCUCAAUUUUAGGUUAAUUGCAAUCUGUUCAGACCAGUGUGUAAAGCUGAAUCAGUAUGUUGACAGUAGUACUAAUAUCUGACAUUGCCAACGUGUCACAGCUUCUUUUCCUUCGUUAUCCGUAUGGCUGGAAGGCCCACCAGACAGUUGGCUCACCACAACUUUACAAAGCAAGCUCUCUCUGUGGACAGCUGCUUGUUUCUCACGUGAUUUUUCAGUUAGAUUUUUCAUACUGGGUUGGGGCAUAUGGGUUCAACUUCAAAUUACAGUAUCGGCAAACAGUACAAAUUUGCCAAAGAGUUUAAAACAAAACAAAUUUUCUUUUUUUUUUUUAAUGUAGCUGUCAUUGGAUUAGAUGAUUCCAACAAGUGCAUGUCAUGCUGUCCGAUGCUACUGCUUUUCUUUUUUUUGCAGCACAUGUUCCUUUGUGAUUCAAGUCUCGCAGAAGUACCUUUAACUCUCCUAAAGGGAAAAAUGUCACCUUUUUUUUUUUUUUUUUUUUCCUCCUUAACCAAAGAAGAGAGACAAAAGUAUGUUUAAAAGUCCCACUGGAAUCGUACAAAGCUAGUCGUGCUCUGCAGGAAGUGUUUUUCAGAGGAAGAGGCGCGUUUCCCUUUGAUAGCAUCAAAUGUCGAUAUACCUAUAUGCAAUGGCUGGAACUGGGGUGGGAAGGGGAACAAAGCAGACUACACUACUUGAAAAGCCCUAAGUGACCCCUUGAUCGUGUUCCCACAGAAGUUCCAGGGCAGUACUUCCCGAAAAUAUAACUCCCUUGCAUGGUCCCCAGGUGAGUUAUCAGAAGUGUCAGACACUGUGUGAUUCUUUCCUUGCUGUAGUGUUUGAAGGGGUGGUUGUGCCACGCAGACGGUCAGAAUUAGCAUUUUAAAGGGUACAGGCUUUUCAGUGGGAUGGUUUGAAAUAUUACCAGUAUUGUAAAGGUGCACACGUAGCCUUAAUCCCGGGCUUUUCUGUUGGAGAUGUGAGUUUGAAGGGAAUAGUAAAAGGAAAUAAAGGCGCCGUUUAUAAUGUCCUUCCCUUUCGUAGCUCGUGCAACUGAUAAGGAUGGAAAAGACAUUUUAAAGAACAAGCUUAGAGUGAACUUUUUAAGGUGCUUAUCUUGGUCGUGGGGUAAUCCAGUCAGCUGCACCUGCCUUCCCAUUUGCCUGCUUCACCGGGGAUCAUGUCGUGAAUUUGUGGGGAAAAGAAGGGAGUCAGUUUCAAAAGUCUGUAUUUAACAAAGGCAGGUAAAGAAUUUAACUUUUUAAUAUAUUUUUGGUAUCUCUUUAUGAUGCUCAUUGGCUAGGGAACCUGCUGUCUUUGUUAAACAUUUUAACGUGUACAUGCCUAUAUUUAGAGUGCAUGCACAUAGGUAUUGGUAUGUAACUGGUGUAUUGCAAAAUGUAUAAAUGUUUGAAGAAAUAACAAUUUAAUGCAAAGAUUACUUUCUCCGUUUAUCUGAUAGUAUCUUCAAGAAACAAACUGUGCACUCUUGCAUAUAAAAUGGAAUUGUACAUUUUCUAGUCUCAAAAAAGAAAAAGCAGACAUGCUUAUAAACCUAAGUGUCUGGUUUUUGAGUCUUGUCUUCCCUUUCAUGCCUUUAAAAUAUUUUGCAUUAAUAUUUUUAAGUACUGUACACUCUUGCCUGAAUGUGUAAAGGUUGCGUGUUGUUUUUUUUGUUUGUUUUUUAAGACAAUGAGUCCUUCCUGUUCACGGAGGAAAUAUCAUGGAGCAGGUUUUUGAUAGCCACUUCUUGCUGGAAUUUGCUGCUUACUCCCUCACUUUGAAUUUAUAGGAGCUACAAUGUCCAUGUAAUGAAAGCGUGGUGGUGUUGGUUUUUUUUCUUUUUUUUCCAGGUAUGGCUUAUGUUGCAACGAGACACCUUAACUUGCACUGACUGUCCUUUUCCCUCUCAGUAUCCUGGCCACUUCUGUUCUCUGUGGCCUCUAAGGUACUGCAGUGGCAGCAGACCACAGCAGAAGCUGGGAAUAACUGCACACGUGAAGUCUGCUUGUUCAAGCCGCGUCCUUUGUGCCCUAACGAGCUCGUAAGCCAAAAAGCAAAUCGUUGCCUGUGUGUUGGAUGGCAAGCAGUGCAGCCUUAACCCACCUACGAGAGCGUGUUGUAUCGCAUGCAAUCAGCAGGCUCCUUUUCCAGCUAUUUUGUGAUGCCACAGUAUUGUAACGGGGAGAAUUGCUGUUCAGUAGGCAGAAUUCAGCGGUGGCCAGUGCUCGCUGAAGCAUUGCGUGCCUGUAGCAUUCCUGGCCAGGGCUUAGGAAGCAAAGGAAGACGUGCCUUCAUUUCAUGUGCUAGAUUUGCAGCCUCUGAGGGUGGAUUUUGUCUGUGGUAGCUGCCCUCUAAACAGAUUCACACUCUCUGUGUGGCUGUCCCAAAUUCUCACAGCACCAAGCAGGUGGCUGGGAUCUUGCUCAAGGUGCAGUGAAGACUGGAGAAAGCCAAAAAGCUGCGUCCAGGUGUCGCAGGGGAAGUUUUUGUAGAAAAGUCUGUCUGGCUGAAGGGUUAGCACAAGAACAAGCGUAUCUGCUCACAUACUAGCGAGCAGGCUACACAAGCAUGCACCCUCAGGAUGCUGUUGUGGCUGUGAUGGUCUUUUCCUUUGCACCCUGCCUUGUAAGUAAUGUUACAAACAUUUUCAAACCUACUCAUGCAGCAGAACUAGAGAAGCGCAGACAAACUUUUGACCUCACGUAAGCCCUUUAUUACGUGCUUCUCGUUUACAGCUUUUUUCGUUUCCCUGUAGGACAAUUCAUGGCUUUUUACACAGCUCUGCCCGUAGAAAAGCAAGUUAACUUUGCACCGAUGCUGUUUAUAGCUUCUCUCAGUUAUUGUGUGGAAUUGAUUGUCUUAACAUGAGUCAUCACCUUGAGUUGUAUGGCUUUUGUGUUGUUACCCUCCGUGUGUUGUCUUGCCUUUCAGAGAAAAAGCUUAAGAUUACUUUCCCUUCAUUCUUUGUGUAAUUCUUUUGUAGGAUGUUACACAGAAAAGGGAGGUGUCCUGAAAAAACGGUUAUUUAAGUUUAUGCUGCAGAACAGCAUUUUUCUAGCAAAAAACGUACCAGUAAUUCAUAUUUCAAUAAUCUAUUAUUUAGAUGUUUCUUUGGUUUAGCAAAUAAUAAACUUUGUAAAUUGGCUGUACUCAGUGUUGUCUCUGUGAUCUGAAAAUUGCACAGAUCUUUAACUGUGAGAAGAGGUGGGAUAUACAACUUGGAAAAUAUGAGGAGAUCAAUUUGGCCCAUUUUUUCUAUAUUCUUUUUUUUUUUUCUAGGGAGGCUUAGUAGCUGUUUUCCUAUGUAUUAAAUAACGUGCUCCCAGGGGUGUGUGUGAGAGAGUGCUAGGCGCAUCUGACAGGCACCUAUGAUGUCUAUGCAGCCCAAGUGCCUAAAGCUAAUCCCCUAAUCACUUUUUUGUGUGCUAAAACUUCCAUUUUCCUAAAAUAGCUCUAUUUCUAUAAAAGCAUCUAUGUACAGUCAUGUAUAAAUGAGCAUUCUUCCCCUCCUGACUCACCAGUUUUAACACAGCUUGUGAUGAAUUUAUUUUGUAGUUCUCGGAGCUCUCUGUCCUCUGCAUGCCAAGCACUUUUCCCUUCAUUGGGCUCGCCAUGGCUAGCUUUUGUUGGGAAAGGAAAUACUAAAUUUGUCCUGGUAGCAGGUUGGUUUGCUGGAAUUCUUUUCAAGGAACUGUGUUUAAAUAACUUAAUCCAAGAAUACUUGGCCUUGUAAACAUCCUCGUGCAAGUAGUUCCUUUUCAGUCGGCUAAUAAAACAUUAACUUUACUCUCAGACGAGUUAUGUCUGAGAAGGUUUCUCGGCUAACUCAAAUAAAAGUAAUACUGAGCCUUUAAGUGGUGCCUCACUGAGCAUUACGGGGUAGGAAGGAUGUGAAGAAUGGCACUAAGAGUAACGUGUGUAAGCGUACGGUCAUGGCAUGUACUGUAAAUAGAAGUGUGACUUGGAUAUAAUUGUUGCAGUGAGUGUAUUAAAUGUGGAAAAGUGAGAAAUAAGUGGUUGCCACCAACUAUUUUUUAUGGUGUUCUUUAGAAUCACAAGCAGAAAUUAUAUUCUUGCCUUGGAUUUUACUGGUUAAUUUUUGUAUCGUACAGAAACUUCUUCUUGAAAGAUCUCUUCCCAUCAGAUAGCAGCCUGAUGUAAAUCAUCAGCUCAGUGUUGCUCUUAUCUAAAUAUUUCCUGUCUCUACUCAUGGCGGGUAGAAGAGGUGGCCAAGAAAAGAUGUAGCCUCCUGAGAGGUCCGAAGAGGAAAAGCAAAACAAAACAAACCUCAGAUUGGGAAGCCUGAGCAUUUCUGUGGCUGACAAGUUUAAGAACUGUCUCUGUAUAACAGAGGAGUGGCAGCUGAGCCAGUCCCAGUGUCUGUGUAGUGCUUGUUCUGAGGGUUUGGAAGGUGUCCCCAGCUGUCCUGGCUGUCCGUGCCUGCAGCCCCGCUCCCCAGCUGUGCCGCUCAGCUUCCAGGGCUGCCUCGUCCCGAGCUCAGCCCCACGCUGGUUGCAUUUCCAGCCUCCAACACUAAGCCUCUGCCCCUCUGAGUGGGAAGUACACCUCGGGUUGGUAUGCUGAUGCUGUGGUUGCGUUACAGAAUAUUGUCUCCGUUGGGAUUUUUACAAAUGCCAAGUAACAUCUGUACGUAUGCCCAGUAAGGAUGUGUCCAGGGUCGUGUUUAUUUUGAUCACUUUGUGUUUUGUACUUUCUAAAAAGGUUGUCUUCUUUCUGAAAGAAAUGCGUCAAUACACGGCUAAUUCUGAUACUGCAAUAAAAUGUCAUUCCAGAGCGCACAAAAUUACUGCUUCAAAUUAAUGUGAGGACUUCGGGGCUGGCUUGAGCACUUGUGUGUCUGAAAUCUGUGCUAAAACUUUAUAAAGCUAUUUAUUGUAAUAAAGUUCAGUUAUGAUUCUCUUA